GGGUGUGUAAGAAAGAAAGAGACACAGGAAAAAAAAAGCUGAAAUAAGGAAACCUAGGACAGCCCCAAAAGGACUUGACUCGAACUUAACUAAUAAUCAGCGCUGUCUCUGUGUGUCUUGUGCCAGUCACUUUGUGUUGCUGGCAGACGAGAGAGAGAUUGGGUCUGUCAUAUCAAGUUUUUUCCCCCCCUUUGCAGCCAUCUGAAGGGGCUCUUAAAGUGAAUUGUGUCAUUCUGCCAGAUCUUAAUACAUUGAACUGCAUCUUGUCCAAAGUGUGAAGAGCUUUUUUUUUUUUUUUUUUUUUUCCUGAAUCAGACCCCUUUACCUCUCCACACACAAAACAGGAAGAUUGUGGGGAUCCCGACGACCUCUCUUCCCUGAUCACCAACCUAUCAUAUUGCAGAAGACAGUAAGGAAGAGGAUAACGCCGGUAAAAGAAAAGCCUUUCAGAGAAGAGAACCAAAAGGGAAGAAAAGACGAAAAAAAUAAAAAGUGACGACAAAUUUAUAAACCUGGAGUCAUUACUUAUGAUCCAUGGGCAGAGUUUCAGCCCAUCCCAGGCAACCUACAGACAGGCUUUAAGCAAUCCGUAUUACUGCGACCUGCCAGGCAGAGCCUUGUCCCCGAACCAGAACAGCAUGGACAUGAGAAGUGAAAGUCCCAGCUUAAGGGACAGUCCAGACCGGAGAAGCAACAGUCCAGAUGCUAAAAGUCCUCCUCCAAUCAAAGUGGCCAGAUUGGAACAGAACGGGAGUCCAUUAGGAGCCAGGGGACGACCUAACGGCACCCUCACCAAAUCUGUGGGAGGACUUAUGCUGCCUGUUUUUUGUGUUGUGGAGCAAAUGGACAGCCGGGAAGAACAUGCUGAGUUUGUACUGGUUCGGAGAGAUGUCCUCUUCAAUCAAUUGGUAGAGACAGCUCUUCUAGCCUUAGGAUAUUCUCACUCAUCUGCGGCUCAAGCACAAGGAAUCAUUAAAAUUGGACGCUGGAACCCACUGCCUCUCAGUUAUGUUACAGAUGCUCCAGAUGUGACAGUCUCUGACAUGCUACAAGACGUCUACCAUGUGGUCACAUUGAAGAUUCAGUUACAGAGUUGUUCAAAACUUGAGGACCUGCCGGCAGAGCAGUGGAACCAUGCCACUGUCCGCAAUGCCUUACGAAUGCUGCUAAAGGAGAUGAAUCAGAGCACCCUUGCCAAAGAAUGCCCCCUUUCUCAGAGCAUGAUCUCCUCCAUCGUUAACAGUACAUACUAUGCCAAUGUGUCAGCUACUAAAUGCCAUGAAUUUGGGAGAUGGUACAAGAAGUUCAAGAAGAUGAAAGUUGAACGGGAUAACCUAACAGAUUACUGCAUACUGGGUCAACGACCAACACACCUCUCAAAUUUAAACCAGCUGGCAAGCCUAGGAAAGAGCAAUGAACAAGCUCCUCAUAGUCCACUUCAUCACAGCACCCCGAUUAGAAGUCAAGUACCAACCCUGCAGCCAAUAAUGAGCCCCGGACUCUUGUCUCCUCAGCUCAGUCCUUCAUUGGUUCGACAGCAAAUAGCUAUGGCACACUUAAUAAACCAGCAGAUAGCUGUCAGCAGACUUUUAGCCCAUCAACACCCUCAGGCCAUCAACCAGCAGUUUCUAAAUCAUCCACCAAUUCCCAGACCAGUCAAACCAGUGGAAACCACCAACUCUUCAGUGGAAGUCUCUCCAGAAAUCUACCAACAAGUCCGGGAUGAGCUGAAAAGGGCAAGUGUGUCUCAAGCCGUUUUCGCAAGAGUGGCCUUCAAUCGCACACAGGGUUUGUUGUCAGAGAUCUUACGUAAAGAAGAAGAUCCUAGAACAGCAUCCCAGUCAUUGCUGGUGAACCUUAGGGCUAUGCAGAACUUCUUAAACCUGCCAGAGGCAGAAAGAGAUCGGAUCUAUCAGGAUGAGAGGGAAAGAAGCAUGAACCCUAAUGUAAGCCUGUUGUCCUCAUCAUCCAGCAGCCCCAGCUCAUCCCGCGUUCCACAGAUGAAAACCUGCAGUACUCCAACAUCCGACAUCCAGGUGAAAGUGGAGGGGGAAGCUUCCAACGUUACCAUCACAGCUGCUGUUUAUGAUGAGAUUCAGCAAGAGAUGAAACGAGCAAAGGUGUCCCAAGCUCUCUUUGCCAAAGUAGCUGCUAAUAAAAGUCAGGGUUGGCUUUGUGAACUUCUCCGCUGGAAAGAAAAUCCAAGCCCAGAAAAUCGAACACUGUGGGAGAAUCUGUGCACCAUUCGACGUUUUCUUGGGCUCUCUCAGCAUGAACGAGAUGCUGUGUAUGAAGAAGAAUCUAGACAUCAUCACAGUGAGCGCAUCCAGCAUGUAGUACAGCUAACCCCUGAACCUGUGCAGGUACUACUGGGACAACAAGCCCAACAAGCCAAAGAGAGCUUACCUCCAAAAGAAGAGACCCCAUCAGUCCCCCCUCCAUCAGAAGACAGCUGUACCAAAAAGCCAAGGUCUCGAACCAAAAUUUCAUUAGAAGCACUAGGCAUCCUACAGAGCUUCAUCCAUGACGUGGGCCUCUACCCAGACCAAGAAGCCAUCCACACACUCUCAGCUCAGUUAGAUCUGCCUAAACACACCAUCAUCAAAUUUUUCCAGAACCAGCGUUACCACGUCAAACACCAUGGUAUACUCAAAGAGCAUCUGGGCAUAGCAGUGGAUGUGGCUGAAUACAAAGAUGAGGAGCUUCUGACUGAAUCAGAAGAAAAUGACAGCGAAGAAGGCAUGGAGGAAAUGUAUACAGUAGAACAGAGCGAGGAAAGCAGUGGACAUGCCAAGGCUAAUUUAUCUGAGGUGGAUCAGAGAUAAUAAAACUUACUGUCAUCAUAAACAACAACAGCAAUACAGAUGUGCAAGAGAAAAUCACUUUUAUUACUUGUUGUAAUGUUCAAUCUCUUCCCCGAGAGUGGGGAACACAAAAGUUUUUUUUGUAUUGCUCUCUUGAAAACUUGCCUUUACACUUGAGUGUGGACAUCUGACUGGAAGAGAACUGGUAAAAACUAUAUCUUCAAUCAUCUUGCACUUACAGUGAUGAUUUAAGCAAAUUACAGGACCUCAAGAUUGAUAAAAUCAAUGAAGGAAAGUAUUUAUAUAUCUAGGUAUACAUAUAUGUGUAUUUAUGUAUGCAUAUUUGUAUAUACACUCAUAGAGGUGUGUGCCUGCGUGGUAUACUUGCUAUGCAUAUAGCAUGUGUACAAACACACAUGCAUACAUACCGAUGAUGCAUGGGAAGCAAACAUUUCAUUCCGAACAUAUAGACUGUGAAAUGAGUUUCUUACAGAAAAAAAAGAAAGAAAAAAAGACUGGCCUAUGUAUUAAUACCACUGUGCAGUGAGAAGCUUUGGGUUUCCUCCUCAACAGACUGCUUGCUCUCAUUGAGUGGUUAUUUUUUUCCAUGUUUCUUUUUAUUUUUCUUGUGUUUAUUCUUGAUUUAUGUUUUUUCUUAGUCUCUGCUUUUUGUUCUGGCCGCAUGGUGGAUAACUUUUAUUUAAAGGUAUGUGUUUGAAAGUAAAACUUAAAAAAAAUGCAAUAAAAAUAUAUAAUAUUACAAAUGCAUCAAAAAGUUGUUCAUGCUUAAA